GCCGAGCUUGCCAAUCCUCCAUGCGACUUUGAUUUCGGGUCCUUCUACAAGGAGUGGUACCGCAAGGACGGCUACGUUGGACCGUGCGGACCUCCCAACGCAAACUGCAAAGGUGGCAUUGGCUGGAUUCGCCACGAAGGCCUUUCGCAGAAUCCGGAGUGGUACGUCCCCCUCACCGCUUCGGCCAGCGAUGAUGAAAUCCAACGCCUGCUGUACCAGCUAG